AUGUCUUGCCGCUCCUACCGCGUUAGCUCCGGCCGCCGGGUGGGCAACUUCAGCUCCUGCUCGGCAGUGACACCCCAGCACCUGAACCGCUUUCGGGCCAGCUCUGUCUCCUGCAGGAGUGGGCAAAGUUUCCGGGGCCACGGCGGCUUUGGCAGUCGGAGUGUCAUGUCCUUUGGGUCCUGCUCGCCCCGGAUGGCGGCCGUGGGCCCGCGGCCCCUCCACUGUGGAGCUGGCUUUGGUGCUGGCGGCGGGAUGGCCUUUGGCUUUGGUGACGGCGCUUGUGCUGGUCUGGGGUUCGGGCCCGGCGGUGGCCUUGGCUAUGGCUUUGGUGGCCCUGGCUUUGGCUACAGAGUUGGAGGAAUUGGAGGCCCAGCAGCCCCCUGUAUCACAGAGGUGACUGUUAACCAGAGCCUGCUGACUCCCCUCAACCUGGAGAUUGACCCCAAUGCCCAGAGAGUGAAGAGGGAUGAGAAGGAGCAAAUCAAGACUCUCAACAACAAAUUUGCCUCCUUCAUCGACAAGGUGCGGUUCCUGGAACAGCAGAACAAGCUCCUUGAGACCAAGUGGAGCUUCCUGCAGCAGCAGAAAUGUACGAAGAGCAACCUGGAGCCCCUCUUCGAGACUUACAUCACCAACCUGAGGAGGCAGCUGGAUGCAGUGACCGGUGACCGGGCCCGGCUCGAGGCCGAGAGGAACCACCUGCAGGAUGUCCUUGAGGGUUUCAAGAAGAAGUACGAAGAGGAGGCGGGAUGCCGGAACAAUGCUGAGAACGAGUUUGUGGCUCUGAAAAAGGAUGUGGACACAGCUUUCUUAAAUAAGUCUGACCUGGAGGCCAACGCGGAUACCCUAACUCAGGACAUUGACUUCUUAAAAGCCUUGUACAUGGAGGAGAUCCAGUUGCUGCAGUCACACAUCUCAGACACUUCGGUCAUUGUGAAGAUGGACAACAGCCGGGACCUGAACCUCGAUGGGAUCAUCUCGGAUAUCAAGGCCCAGUAUGAGGAGAUCGCCAGACGCAGCCGGGCUGACGCUGAGGCCUGGUACCAGACCAAAUAUGAGGAGAUGCGGGUGACAGCUGGCCAGCACUGUGACAACCUGCGCAACACACGGGAUGAGAUCAACGAGCUGACCCGUGUGAUCCAGAGGCUGAAGGCAGAGAUCGAGCACGCCAAGGCUCAGCGGGCCAAGCUGGAGGCCGCCGUGGCCGAGGCAGAGCAGCAAGGCGAGGCUGCCCUCAACGACGCCAAAUGCAAGCUGGCGGAUCUGGAAGGUGCCCUGCAGCAGGCCAAGCAGGACAUGACGCGGCAGCUGCGCGAGUACCAGGAGCUCAUGAACGUGAAGCUCGGCCUGGACAUCGAGAUCGCCACCUACCGGCGGCUGCUGGAGGGCGAGGAGAUCCGGAUCUGCGAAGGUGUUGGACCAGUAAAUAUAUCCGUGAGCAGCUCCCGGGGCGGCCUGGUGUGCGGGCCCGACGCCAUGGUCGGCGGCUCGGCCCUCUCCCGCGGUGGGGUCUCCUACUCCAGCAGCAGCAGCAGCAGCGUCCGGUACGGCGGUGGCGCCUGCAGCUCCAGCCUGGGCGGGGGCUGCCGGGGGGGCUCGGUGCUGGUAGGCGAGGCCUGUGCCCCCAGCAUGCCCUGCCCGCUGCCCACCGAGGGGGGCUUCAGCAGCUGCAGUGGUGGCCGCAGCAGCCGCAGCUCCAGCGUCCGCUUUGCAUCCACCACGACGUCCUGCCGGACCAAGUACUGA